AAGGUAACCGUGCCUAACAGUUCAGCUGUUCACCAUACUCAUCCUAGCCAUCAGCACUGCGCUAUAUUUACCAGCUUCCUGGGUUACACAAGCCUGCCAAGGGGUGUGCACAAGCCCUCAACCCCUUCCUCUGUCCUCCGGAUAAGCCGGGUUCUCUGUCACUGCCAUAGAAAACACACAAAAUGCUUGGUGCACGGCCUACCGCUGUGGGAGCAAACAAGGGGAGGGUCAUAUGUGAGCCCUGGACAACAGCAGCCCUCCAGACUAUUCUCGGUAACUGGAAUGUACACAGCGACCUCAUGGCAAACUCCAAACUUGAGACCUCGUGUCUUUCUCCAUGUCACUUUUGACUGUCGUCUUUGAGAGAGAAAUCUGGAAGAAAUGUAUUUGCUUUUAUCCUCCUGAACUCAGCCUGAUUCGUGAUCAACUUGAGUGUAAAGAACAAACAGCAUGGCUAGUACAUCAACAGAGAUCUUUCCAUUCAAGGACCAAGAGCUCCCCGCUCACCUCCUGUUUCAGUUGAACAUACUGAGACAGGAGCAGAUCUUCACUGAUGUGAUCUUGUGCACCGAAGACAAGGAGAUCCCAUGCCACAGGAACGUCUUGGUUUCUAGCAGCCCGUACUUCCGAGCCAUGUUCUGUAGCAACUUCCGGGAGAGCAGCCAGGCUAGAGUGGACCUGAAAGGCAUCGCAUCGGAGGUCAUCGAAUGUGUCGUGGAUUACAUCUAUACUGGUACCAUCACCAUAACCAUGGAGCUGGUGUUGCCCCUGAUGCAGGCGGCCUCCAUGCUGCAUUACGGGAGGCUCUUCGAGGCCUGCUCCACCUUCCUACAGGAUCAGCUCAAUCCGGAAAACUGCCUGAGCAUGAUCCGGCUCUCAGAGAUCCUUCAUUGCGAAAGCCUCAAGGAGAGAGCCAAAGAAAUGGCUGUGCGGUGUUUCUCGGACGUAGCUGCUUCUGAGGACUUCUGCGAACUCUCUCUUCCUGAGCUAAUGUGCUACCUGGAGGACGACCGACUGUGUGCAGAGGAAGAGCAGGUUUUCGAGACGUUACUUGCUUGGAUCCACCACGACCCCUUUUCCCGGCGAGGAGCCAUUCAUGACCUCUUUAAGAAGGUCCGGUUACGGUACAUCCAUCCGACAUACCUCUUCCAGUUUAUCGCCAAUGAUCCGCUCGUCCAGUCGUCUACGCUGUGCACCGAGAUCAUCGAGUCUGUGCGACGUCUGAUGUUUUCCGUAAGCGCCAAAUGCACUCAAGAGCUGAAGCCUCUUUGGACCACACCGCGUCGUUAUACAUGCCGGGAGACUCUGGUGGUUGUUGGAGGCCGCAAGAACAACGAACAGACGUCUCGAGAGGCACUUCUCUAUGACGAACGGACACAACGGUGGCAGUGGCUCGCCAAACUACCUCUGCGACUCUACAAGGCGGCGUAUGUGUGUAUUCACAGCAUUCUGUAUGUGGUUGGUGGCCUCAGUCUUAGUCUGGUAUCUGGAGACAGUGCAGUUAGCGCCACAGUUUAUACUCUCUCAUUGAAGACCAACCAGUGGAGGACUGCCGAGCCCAUGCUGGAGCCACGUUAUGCCCAUCAAUGCGUCUCCUACCUUCACUUCAUCUUCGCUCUUGGUGGAAUAGGGCAGGAUAAGCAGAUCUCAAAUAUGGUGGAGCGCUACAACAGCAUGUUCAAUCAAUGGGAGGCCAUGGCGCCGAUGCCCACAGCAGUCCUACACCCUGCAGUCGCAGCCAACGAUCAGAGGAUUUACGUGUUUGGAGGCGAGGAUGCCUUGCAGAAUCCAGUGAGACAAAUACAGGUUUAUCACAUCUCCCGCAACUUGUGGUCUAGACUGGAAACCAGGACAGUGAAGAACGUCUGCGCACCUGCUGCUGUGAUAGAAGACAAGAUUUAUAUUGUUGGAGGAUACACAAGAAGAGUGAUUGCAUAUGACACCAAAGCUAAUAAAUUUGUGAAGUGUACCAACAUGAAGGAGAGAAGGAUGCACCAUGCGGCCACAGUCAUCAGUAACAAACUCUAUGUGACCGGAGGACGUUUCCUCAACGCUCAUGAUGUCAUCGAAGACUCAGACUGCUUUGAGUGCUACGACCCUAAAACAGACGUGUGGACUUCUAAAGGAUCAUUACCAUACAAACUGUUUGAUCACGGUUCACUGUCGCUGAUCUGCGUCUCCAACCGCUCCAACCCACCAUGACUGCUCAGAGAACGCAACAUCUCUGCUUGGGCGUCCCGUUCGCUCCCCUGCUCAUUAAGGGAAAUGAGAAAUAUGGGGCCACAGCUGAGACUGGAAACCAUCUGAGGAAGGUUGCAUUCGUUUGUGGGUUGAGUACAUCUCAGCUGUGGCUUUGAUGGUAUGCUGCUGGUGCUCGCCAGCAUCUGUGCCAUCUUAAAUCAAAAGAGAUUUGAGCUGGCAACUGCAAGUGUCACAGUGGACCUCAGGGAGCGAGCACAGGACCUCAGAGCAAAACGGCAGACUUAUGCAAUGUACAUCUGUCCCUGCAGAACUGUGACCCGAAAAUCUUCAGACAGAUGUUUCUCAUCAUGAUCUCCUUCUCUCUGAACGGCUUGAGCAGACAAAUUUUUGUCAAUAGUGCCUUGUUAGCAUGAAUUUAAUUGGAAUAUGACAAUAAUUGGAUGUGACAAUCUUUUUAGCCAGUGUAAAAUCUACAAGCAUAAGGACAUGACUGUUUGAUGAAGUAAUCUGUGAAGUGAAGAUAACAUUCCCUGAGUGCUGUGGUGUGUGGUCAGUUCUAUGUAAUUAACGAAGGCCAAAAACAAACCUAAUGGAUCAUGAAAUGCUUGAUGUACCAUGCACGCUAAAAGUAUGUGGACACCUGCUUCUAAUUAACAUGGUUUACUAUUUCCGCUACACACAUAUCUAACAGAUGCAUAAAAUCAAGCAUACAGCCAUGCAAUCUGCUGAGAUGAACAUUUUCGGUAUGGGGCCCUUUUCUGUUCCAGCAUGACAAUGAACCCAUUUCAGGGUUUGGAACAUGGUAAUUAACUGGGGUAAACUUUUAUAGAUGCACAAGGGUGAUUAUAUUCAAUUCAAAUAUGCCUUUGGAUUUCCAAUUGCUCCAUCAGCAAAAUAAUAAUAAUAAUAAAAAAAAUCAACAGCAGUGGUUCUCAACCUUUUUGACGCCAAAGUCCCCCUUUAUUUGAGACAGCAUUCAAAGACCCUCCUAUCUAAGCUGAGAAGCGCCUAUUAGCAUUUUAGCAAGUUAACGUAAUUACAUAUAAAUAAGUUUAAGACUUACUGUUGGCCCUCUGGAGGUUUGCUUGGGUCAGUGGUUGUCAGUUCUGCUCUACACAAUUUAUAUGUCUCCCUUAUUUGACACACUCAGCUGAAUUCAUGGAGCUUUCGCCCAAUGAGCUGGAGAUCUGGAUCAGGUGUGUUUAAUAAGUGAGACAAUAUCGGCAAUAAGUGGUGGCUCCCAAGGACCAGCGGGUGAGGCUAGAUGGGAUACAGAUGCAGCUACUGGGCAUGCGCACAUUAAUAUAGUGUAAUUUUUGUCACACUGAACAACAACUACUGUGUUUGUAUUAUUGUAAGGGGUAGGUUUAGGGUUGGGGUAGGUGUAGAAGUUAAUGAAACACAUUUUAAUAGGUAGCAAUUUUAUUUUAUUUUUACUUUCCAGCUGCAGCUAUAUCCCUUUAAGCCACAACCAGGACCAGGGUUCAAAAGCACUGCCCUAUAGGUUCUCUAGGUCCUGCUUGAGGACCAAUAAACUACCAUGUUUCAACAAUUAACUUUACAGCUUUAGAAAGCCCCAUGCAGCAGUGCUUAUAGUUUUGUAUCAUGAGGGCCAUAUAACACAAAGUAUAGUUAUACAUUUCAUAUCAUAUAUUAAAAAAUAAUUUUAAAAACACACUAGUCAGAACACACACAGGUAAAAGAAUGAAUUGUGGUGUCUACAUACUUUUGGCCAUGUAUUUUAUUUCUUUUUUCCCCUUUGUGGCAAAAAAAGAUUUGAUGAUAAAAAUGAAAUCAUGACUUCUGAAAGAACAGGAAGUGCUUGUUAGCAAUGAUUUGUGUUUUCUGCAUUAUGUUGAUCUCAAAGUGCAGUGCUUACGGUUUGAAGAGUUUGUUUUGUCCACAAACUCCAUUAUCAAAUAAAAAAUAUGGGCUUGAAGAGCCUUGACAUCACUUAAGAUACAAAGGAAGAGUGGAUAGAGAUUCAGUCAAGAUGUCCAUUGCCUCCUAGUAUUUAAUGCUGCUUGGAAACGGUUUACUUUGUGCCUGUUGACCUUACCUUUGAUGAUUAAACCAAAAAUGAGGUAUA